GAAGCAGAAGGAGCACCAGCGCCAGCGCUCGAAGAUGUGGAUGGGUUUAAGGAGCGACUUGACAAGCAACCACUCGCUGUCAAUUAGUUCAACUUCAACGAUAACUCAUAGACUCAGAGAUUUUACGUAGAU